CAAUUCAGUGAGAAACUCUGGGAGUAACUCGGAGUAACUCUGAGUUUCUCAGCUUCUUCCCGAGUUUUUCAAUUCCCACCCUAUUGUCGAUACCUUGGUAUAUGCAACCAUGACAAUGUUGUUUGUUUAUGUUUUUUCGCAAAUGUGAAAUGCCAUCCUUCGUACAAGGAAAAUUUCAGCACAAAUCCGAACCACGCCCGGAACAGCCUGACCAACUGCGGCAUCCGGCAACCCGAGUAUGGCGACCGAAAGAUUCAUUACAGUUUCCGGAUCUGGAGGAAGGUGGCCUUGCAACGUACCGUGCAGCGAUCGUCCAGAAUCAACAUCUCAAAAUGAACGCGGCCAAGCAGGCGCUCGAAAACUCCAAGGAUUUGUUCCCGCAGUUGGAUCCGUUGGAUCACCCAAAGUGCGUCAUUGUGCAGAGAUUAAAGCGGCAAAAAGUGAGGACCGAUGACCGGUCCGCCACUAUCGACGCGAUUCUUAGGACCUGGGCACGGACCCGUACCGGAAGCGACGCCGCAAGGUGAUGACGGAUUCGCCCCAACUGUCCAAACAGUCCCAGGUCAAGAGCUAAAGUGAAAGUGACGACUUGAAGAGGGAGCGAAGGCGACGGCGCGGCAAAAAGAAGGAAACUCCUAAAGAGACAAGAGUUGUUCCGCUGGUUGAGCAGUACGAAGCCCUGUCGGAUGAGGCGGAUAUGGGCGGAGGAACAGCGACUGUGAAGAAGCAACUUUCGGGCAGUUUGGCGUCGCUCGUGAGCGCCGAUGAGAUUUUUAAGGUUGAAGGAUCUUCUUUCUCGUUGGAGCUGGAAUCUGGAGAGAUUGAGUAGUUUUUCUCAAAAAAUAAAGAUUCUGGACAGUUACAAACUAAUUAAGAAUUUGGAAAACAGUGUAUUGUAAACUAGAAUAAAAAGCCACUUAUCAACAAA